CGUCAACAGUUUUUACUGACUUUUGUAAGCGCAUAUUGCGGUGCGAAGUCCGGGAGAGAAGUUAAAUUCUCUAGGAUCCAACCGGUCAGCUGAAGCAAGGCGCACCAACGAGCAACAUGGAAUCCAUCUACGGGACCAACAAAAAAUAUCUGCAGAGUCUGACCGCGGGAAGUGAUUUUUACAGAUGUCCCAGCACAAUUAGACCGAUGGCAGCGGAGUACUCGUACCACAACACCAUGGGCCGCCGUUCGACACUGAUCGGCGGAGGAGUUGGUGGAGGAGGAGGAGGAGGCGGAGCACCUUACACCCACAUGAGCAAGUACUCCUACCCGACGGAUAUGAGCCUUAGUAGCCAUUACGGGUACACUUCCUGGGGUUUAUGGCGCGGCGACAAUCGGAAUCUGUCUUCGUCAAUGUACGGCAAGAAGCAAAAGAACUUCAGAUCCGUCCCCGUGCUGCUGCUGUCGGUCGCUUUCAUAGUGGUCCUUGCCAUACUCUGCGUGGCCGGGCUGGCGUUCUAUUUGAGCGCGUUCAAGACGGAUCUCAGCGAUUCCAUCCUCGUCUUCGACUGCACGUUCCGGGUGACCCGGGGGGACAUUUACACGACCGGGCUGCGCUCGAAUCACACCUCGGUCUUUCGGCAGAAGUCAUUGUUCUACGAGCGGCUCGUCAGCACAUCGCUGGAGCAGAGCGGCCUAACGGUGUCCCGCACGGAAAUUAUGGACUUUGGCGACGGGCCAACGAUAGUGCUGAACUUUCGCGUCUUUCUCGACAUGAGGAAGAUUAAAAUAACGAUUAAUAAUGUGGAGGAGCACAUUCGACAGGCGGUGCUCAGUGAGCUUGCCAAUCCACACUCACACUUCCGGAACAUCAGAGUUGAUCCGGAUUCGAUUGAAAUUAAACGGUUGCUGGAUAAGAAUGUGCUACGGAUGGCAUUCAUGAUGAAAGAAGAGCCUUUGCCGCCGCCGGUCAAACCGUUGGAGGACCGCGCUGGAGCAGCAAAAAAGUCCGGCGUAAUUGAGAAAACCAUCCACAAGUUCACACCAAAAGUUGCCACAUCGACCGUCCCUUCGACAGGGCUUAGCGAGCGGAAGCAACCGCUGGAACAGCCACUGCAGCAUCAACAACAGCAGCAGGCGGACGGUGAAUCUGACAUUGACAUGGAUAAUUUACCGGUUAUACAAGGGUCAUUUGAAAUAACGAAAACAGAUGCGGAUAUCACCCAGAAGAGGAACAACAAUGUCAGCGGAGGGGUGGUGGCUAUGUCACAAGCGGUGUCCACCCUGAAACCGUUUGCCAUCAGCCCAGCUCAGUUGAAAGUCCGGGCUGGCGAGAAAAAGCCAAACGAAAACGUGAAGUCAUCGUACAUGGAGGAAAAAUUGUCCUCAUCCUACUCAUCUACGAUGCGACCAAGCACUGAAGCCAAACCGAAAUAUGAACCGGGAACGGCUAAGAUUGAAAAAACUGACAAACAUGGCGCGACAACGAAGAAAAUUAAAACUAGUUCUAGUAGCCGUGGUACGUCAUAUACGAAGCGGACUACCGCGGGCACAUCGACCACUGUUCCGACGACAACGGCCAGCACAACUACCACGGCCAGGACGACGCUGAAAACUACUACAAGCUUUCCAUCGACCCCGCCAUCGUCUGUCGAAUCGGCAACAGAGACUAGCCUAGCAGAUUACGAUCUGCAGACGGACUAUCCGAUUUACGACCGAAAUGACACGCCAUUGGAGAACUUUUUGCAGGCUAUCAUCAACGAUAGCCUGCCGGAUGAGCUAGCUGUCGCUCAGAACCGGAUGGACGAAAACAUUCCAAAGUUGGACGUCAGCUUGUUCACCAGUGCACCAAUUUUGGACAAACAACCGUGGCAACCGAUUCGUCCAACGAAUCCGAAAGAAAUUCCAUUGCAUAAAUUCGUCCCACCCAAACCAGUGAAAAAGAAACCCACCUUAGCCGAAGAGAUCCGCUACCGAAACAAGAACAGUGACAUCGAAAGUGCCCUGUACACGGAGAACCCAGUCGGACAUAUCUACUACCAGAGCUACACCAAUCCUAGUUUCGGUUCUUCCACGCUGGGAAUCGAACCGUUAGGUGUGGUUGAUGUCAAACCGUACCCGCUUCCGGUGGAUAAGAUUUCCAUUGGGCCCGUUCCUGAUUUUAAGUACAUAACACCGACGGCAAUUAGUUUGGGCGAAAAGGUACUGAACUACACUAUGGACGAUAAGAAAUUUGAACACUUGGGUGGUGGAGUGAUUGCUAAAAAACCGGAUAACAAAACUACACCGUAUCGGACGACCACGGAAAGCAUGAAGACCAGUGUUAUUACGGUAACUCCAAUCUACGUGACUAGUAGCAGGGAGAAUGUGGCUAACUCGACGGAAGAUUAUGUUGAGUACUAUCAGGGAGAAGGUUUGAAUUAUACGGAGACAACCACCACAGUGAAUGGACUGAACGAGUCGUCGGAUUACGGAUUGGAUGUUGAGUCAAGAAUAAGCCCGGAUGAUGAUUUGUACACGACAGAUGUUAUCACAACAUCUACCAUGGGAGGUCUCAGUGCGGAGAAAUUGACCGAGGUAGCGUUUGAUUCCGGUUCGAGUGAAUCUUUAUUUACGACUACAGAUCAGCCGGAGGACACGACAACGUCAUCGACCACAGAAAUGGUGGUCACCAGUUCGGAACCAACUACGGAACAGCAGAAGACCACAACCGGCAAGCGAACAACAUUCGUGGAAAUUGAAACUUUGAAGUAUAAUCCGACCACAACGAUGGCAACGGCUUCGGCAACAGUUCCCGAGCUGUUCCCAAUCAACAAGUGGGAAUUCGUGAAUGGAUCUCGCGUAACUGCAUCUAAUAGUCAGUCCACACGAAAAGUUUUCAACGAAACCCUACAAGCUUUGGUCGUCGAGAACGUCCAACUGACAACCACACUGCCAAGCGUCAAGAUUGAAGCUCUGAAGAUCAAACACAAUAGCACUACCAACCUACAGAAUUUAUCUGUCAUCUUUGACACAUUAGCUUCCAAGCUGGGUAUCCAAACGGAGUCGUCGAGUAAAAAUCCGCCAUUUUCAUCUCUUUCAAAAAUUAAAAAUCAGCUCAAGAGUUCACCCACUCGCAGUUCGUCUAAGAACCGAACACGAACCACCACGCGACCCAAACGCAAGAAGAACAAAAACACCAGACGAACAUCGACAACCACUUCGACUACGGUUGCUCCCGAACCGACAACCACAACUACAUCGACAACAACAAACACCCCGAUCUACGACACCACUCCACUCGCUAAACUCAUCCCCACCGUCACCAGUGAAGACCUAGCGGAUAUCGUUCCGGUCAUGAUAUCUCCAACCUCCGAGUACUCCUCCGAACAGUACAUCGGUCAGGCUGAGGUUGAAGUCAUCGAUCCGAACAAGUACGAAGAAAUGCUCCGACUGCUAGCGACGACCCCAUCCGGGGCGGUACGCUACGCAACGACAACGGCACCUCCCUCGAGUCUGGUCACACUCCUGCCAGCCAAAUCCAACUCCGGUAUCAAGAACUUUCGGCCAAAACUAAAGCAAAAGCAGCGUCCAACGAAAACCACCGGCAGCUCGUUAGCAGCUCAUAAUCACCCGCAGUUGCUUACCGCUGAAGUACUGGCCACUGACCAACGGGACGGAACGAGUCAGGAAUCAAAAUUAAUGAAUGCAAGCAAAAGUGUUGCUGCAGGCAUCGACGGCAAUCGGAAUGAUGACAAUGUUGACGAGCGCGGCGGUGGCGGCGGCGGCGGCAGCAGGGAAGGUGAUGGGGAGGGCGAUGGCGGCGGACGUGGAUUUAACAACCAAAACGAUAAUAAAAAUAAUACAAUGGUGGAAACGGUGGUUAGGGCCAGUAUGCGCUUCGAAUCAUAAUAAAAAAAACGAGAUGCUGCUGGAAUGUGCUGUGAGCUCUCCCCGGAGUCGGCCAACGGCGGCGGAUGUGGACGGGGAUUCCCUGUGGAUGGAUUGGUUGGUGUGUGAGAAAGGGGGAGAGGGGGUGGAAUUUUGUGCAUUGUGAUGCACGUUUUGGGGACGAAUGAAUGCAAAAGUUCGCUGCGAGCGACUGAACUGGACGGAUGAACGAGUUGGUGUCGGGAAAUUGGGAAAACCGUAAGGAGGAAGGUAGCCUCCGUGGACUUAAAAAAUGUGAUUCUAUAUACACGAAAGGAGAUAUAUUCAGCUCGGAAUGGCACAGUCGGGGUUGGGGUUGUUCUCGUGUUUCGUCGAAGUUGUGUCAUUUUAUUUUUGAUAGUUGCUCUCUUUUAAUAAAUAUUCGACAUUUAACUGGAUGUCCUAUCAGGUUUUAAGAAGUGCAUUGACUGGGUAAAUCACUAAGGCAGCGGGUAAAUGAUUCGCAUUCUAAUCAAAUCAGUAGACCUAUUGAAACUAGUGAAAAUUUGCAAAGUUUCAACCAAUUCAAUAUCACACCAAGGAAUUAUUUCUAGCGCUUGAGAUUAUUUUGUUCAGCGCGGUCAUUCUCCGACGACUGCACAACUAGUAUUAGUAUUCACACUCAGAGAACUACCCCAUUUCGAAGCAAUCCCGGUCAGCGGAACCACCGCAAGAGACAUUUCGUCCGUCCGUCUAACCAGCAACAGCUGUGUACCAGUACGAACGAUUGUGAAAUGUUGGUAGGACCACUUAAGCUUACAAAAAGGGGAACCGGCGACAACGGCAACAAUUCAAACACUCGCGGGAAAAAUGCUCUUGCCAGUGCAGGCGCGGAAACGUUGUGUAACCGAACGAUAACGAACCCAGAACGGUGCGGGAGCUGCUAAUGAAAUCUCCAUUUUAAUAAAAAGGGAAACCUCACUAUUAUAAUAUAAAAAGGGAUACAAAUUGUACGAUUCAUAUCCAAUCUGGUGGAUGUGGAGACGCGUGGUACUUUAGUAUGUUUAAGGGAUUUUACAGUUAAGCAAACAGGCUAGACUAUUGUAUUCUUAUACACCUGAGAUUUUCUCGAAAAAUUUAUUCUUAGUGCUACACCUUAGUUCUAUUCUGUGUACUUUUUUUAAGACUGAUCGUAUAGAAAUGAAAGAAUUGAUCGUAUGUGACAUCAUAUCUUUUGGUUACCCUCGUGUGCGAUCGCUUAAAUUGAAGAUAAUAAAUCGUAAGCAACUAUUCGUUGACAGUUUUUUGUCCCGAAACGUAGAGUUAAAGGUGCUGUUAUUCGAACAAAACUAAGGUGAAAGAAUAGGUUAUUCGAAUUUUAGUUUUCAAUCCAUAAUUUUAAGAAGUCUUAGCUUAAACGGAAUUUUAUGUGA